CAUCAAGGAUCAUCAUGGCCUCUAACGCGGACCUUGAGCAGGAGUGUGAGAAGAUUUUAUCGGAUAAGGAGCUGUUUAACGACUACGUAGCCCGGAUGAACCACUGGAUGCGCCAGAACAACGGCAGGGUCAUUGACCUUUUCCGGAAGUUCGACAAGAACGGAGACAGCGUGGUGUCGUAUGAGGAGUUCAAGGAAGGAAUGCAGCGUCUGGGCGCUCCCUGCAGUCUGGCUGAGCUCCACCUUCUCGCCAAGCUUCUGGACACGGACAACAGCCGGACCAUCGACUACAUGGAGUUCUCCAAGGGGCUGCGCUACAUGAGGUAA